AUGUCUCUCCCCGCCCAUCCAGCAUUCGUCCACUUUCCCAUCACCACGACCCUCUUGACGGGCGGUCUGGAUGCUUUUUACUUCUUCUACAAGCACCCAGCCACGUCUUCUACUAGAACACCGUGUACUAACAAUUGCUCCUCAGAUAAGACUCUUGACAUUAAGCUCGCCCCCCAACUGUUUCCCUUCUUCAGCUACUACCUCACCAUCCUCACAAUCGCCUUCUCCGUGCCCGCCGUCAUGACCGGCGCCUCUCAAUUGAUGCCAUUGAUCAAGCGCGACGGCCUCAACUCCCGCAAGGCCAAGAUUGCCAUAGCACAUGCUGCCAUCAAUGACGUUACCGUUGUCGCUGCCGCCCUCAACUGGUGGACGCGCCGAAGCCGCCCCAUGUUCGAGCCCACCGGCACAAACAUCCUCGCCAGCUGUAUGUUGGCACUUCCAGCCACCCUGUUUGCCGCCCAUCUGGGUGGAAAGCUGGUCUACAACUACGGAAUGGGCUUUACCGGUGCUCAGGCCAAGGCGAAGAAGUCACAAUAG